ACCACUGAGCCACCCCGGCCCGACCUAGGCUAUAAGAUCCCUGUCAUCGAGAACCUGGGUGCGACCUUAGACCAGUUCGAUGCCAUUGACUUUUCUGACAAUGAAAUCCGGAAGCUGGACGGCUUCCCGCUGCUGAGGAGACUGAAGACCCUCCUGGUGAACAACAACAGGAUCUGCCGCAUCGGCGAGGCGCUGGACCAGGCCCUGCCCUGCCUCACGGAGCUCGUCCUCACCAACAACAGCCUGGUGGAGCUGGGCGACCUGGACCCGCUGGCGUCACUCAAGUCGCUGACCUACCUGAGUAUUCUCAGGAACCCCGUGACCAACAAGAAGCACUACCGCCUCUACGUCAUCUACAAGGUCCCCCAGGUCCGCGUGCUGGACUUCCAGAAGGUGAAGCUCAAAGAGCGUCAGGAAGCAGAGAAAAUGUUCAAGGGCAAGCGGGGUGCACAGCUUGCAAAGGAUAUUGCCAGGAGAAGCAAAACGUUCAACCCAGGUGCUGGCCUGCCCGCUGAGAAGAAGAAGGGCGGCCCGUCGCCCGGGGACGUGGAGGCCAUCAAGAACGCCAUAGCGAACGCGUCGACGCUGGCGGAGGUGGAGCGCCUGAAGGGCCUGCUGCAGUCCGGCCAGAUCCCCGGCAGGGAGCGCCGAGCAGGUCAGAACGCACGUCUGUCUGUCCACAUCCCCCACAGUGACCCCCGCAGCUCAGUGCCAAGGCCCCAGAGCAGUGCCUCUGGCCACCGAACCUGAACUUCACGGGUCCCU